AUGGGUAACGCCAGCAGUUCAAUGCUAGAGAACAUUGUGCAAGGCUCUAAUUUUGAUCGAGAUGAGGUGGAAAGAAUUCGAAAGAGAUUCAUGAAACUGGACAAGGACAAUUCCGGCACGAUCGAGCGCGACGAAUUUCUCAGCCUUCCACAGAUCUCCUCGAACCCACUCGCAACUAGAAUGAUAGCUAUCUUCGAUGAAGACGGAGGCGGAGACGUAGACUUUCAAGAAUUUGUCUCAGGACUCAGCGCAUUCUCAAGCAAGGGCAAUAAGGAGCAGAAGCUACGGUUCGCAUUUAAGGUCUACGAUAUUGACCGCGACGGCUACAUCAGCAAUGGCGAGCUGUUCAUCGUGUUGAAGAUGAUGGUUGGCAGCAAUCUGAAAGAUCAGCAGCUGCAGCAGAUUGUUGACAAGACGAUCAUGGAGGCUGAUUUAGAUCGCGAUGGUAAGAUCAGCUUCGAGGAGUUUACGCGCAUGGUGGAGAAUACGGAUGUUAGCAUGAGCAUGACUUUGGAUCAAUUUUGA